CGCUCCGACGAAGCGUGCAGCUGGAUUACGUUCAACGAGCAUUUCUCUUACUGGAAAUUGAAUUCGCGUGAUUCGAACCUCUUGGCCUUGUUCGGAGACAUGGGUUGCGGGAAAACAACAACUACUGCCUACGUCGUGGACAAUUUGUCACAGGGAAAUCUUGUCUGUGCCUAUUAUUGCAAGGACGAUCAAGAAACCACAAAGCUUGGGAACAUCUACCGCAGCCUCCUAUGGCAGCUGCUCAAACGGAAGCCCGACCUGAAGUACCGCUUCUUGGACUGGUAUCGGAAGCCGGAUACAAAAAGCCAGGUCAAUCCAACGCAGUGCGACGAUAAAUUGCGCGACUUCUUAAAGGACGCUCUUUCUUCAUCAAAGCAGUGGAUCUUCAUUGCUUUAGACGGCCUGGACGAAUGCGAGAUUUAUUCCCAGAAGCAGCUACUUUCCCUCUUUCAUGACCUCUUCGAACACAACGCUCGACUGAAAGUUUUUAUUUCUUCCAGGUACGACGAUGACAUUGAAAGUGCUUUGCCGCCAGGCGCUAGUCGAAUCGAGCUAGGCUCGUCGAAGGAAAGAGACCGUGUUAUUGCAAGCUACCUUGCUAGAGAGAUCAAUAUCCCCGAGAGUAUUCACGAAAAAGCUGUGGACGAGCUUUCCGAAAAAGCCAACGGCUGUGCGAUUUGGCUACGAAUAUCGCUAGAGUACAUUCGAAAAUCUCGCAUACAAAGCCAGAAAGGCUUAGAGAACGCGUUGAGUCGCCUUCCUUCGUCCAAGGGCCUGGCCGAACUGUAUUGGACACUGUUCGACAAGAUUUGCUCGGACUUGCCCGAGAAUGGGGAUAUCCUACAGCGAGCUCUGGAGACGCUCGCCGUUGCCCGGCGACCUUUGACGGCCGACGAGCUUGCUUUCGCGGUCUUUAUUGACAUAGAAGACGACAAUCGUACAACUUUGCGUGAACUGGAACAGAAUGCCCAUUCUAUGAACCUGCUUGAUCUCAUCCGGCCAUUCGUCAGCACCAUAAGCGUGGAAAACAGAAAUCAUCUUCAACUGCGUCUUGUUCAUCAGUCUCUCAAAGAGCUCAUAUUGCAUGAUCCGCCAUCAAGCUGGAAUUUGGUUCGGGAAACAAAAUGGCAAAACCAAGCUGUUCAACGCAGGGGGCCGGAGCUAAAUGGAUCUCUGCUCAGACGUUGUAUAAGAUAUCUCCUACUUGACGAGUGUCAGGAAAUCAACCUUUCCUCAAGCUUCAGAGAUGGGCCUGAUUUCAAUCUUCUCGGUAUUGGACGCGUAUUAGACGAUGACGAUGACGACUUUCCAACUGAAUCGCUCUGGUCAAAAUCGCCCCAGGACUUUGAUCCGUCUGAUCUUGGGCUCGGGAGCUUUUUCACUUACGCUGCCUCGUACUGGACGGCCCAUUUCUCCGAUGCAUCACAAGAACUGUGGCCAGAUCCAACGGACUUGAUAGAUUUAUGCAGCGCAGGCUCUCAGCGCCUUGAGAACUGGGUAGAACAGUGGAAACGGCCGAACUGCUCCUACACUGCAGAACUUGACUUCCCCGAAGCCAUGCCACGCCUUGAUCCUCUCGUCGUGGCGGCGGGGUUCGGUCCGGAAGCGUACAUGGCUGGCUUGCUCAAGUGCAAUCUCCAGACUCCAGCCUUCUUGCCCGACUCCAUUUGGAUCGUUCUCCGGCUCCUUCUUAACCAAAACAGUAUCUCAGCGAUCGAAAAUCUUCUCAAGGACAAGAGCGUUAGGUCGACGCUGUGCUGUAUUAGCUUCUUCUAUCAAGUGUUAAACGGCUGGUCAGUGACUUACAGAUUGUGUGGCAGCGCUGCAAAGGAAUGGGAAGAUAUAUUUGAUUUCCUAGUCACUGAACUGCGUGACAGUCUCCUGGACGAGGGGAACGAAAUUCUUUGUCGAGCAGCAAGCAAUGGGUGCUUUGUGCUGGUCAAAAAACUCUUCGACGCAGCUGAGCGCGAUCCAGAUUUGAGAAGAGC